GCCGUCUUUUGUGCAGCCACAACGAUCAUAGACGAUCAUCUGGGCGGCGACGGAGAUCGCAAAAACGUCUCAGUCGAUCUACAUAAAGCCUAGUGCCAGCGCGCCCAAACCUAAGCAUUUCUCUCCCCCUCUUUUCGUCUUCGAGCAGACAAAAGGGCAUUCCACGUUGCGUUUUUAGCGUGUAGCGUUUAGCAUCGAUCCUCGUUCACGUUCCGAACAGGCCUUGCUAUUGCCUCACUCUGAAGACGCCGGGUCUGCAUCUGCACAUUGCCUUCCUGUUCAUCUUAUCCGUUUUGUGCAUUCGCGUGCGGCGUUAUUCUGGCCAUGGACGUCGACGUCGAUGGUAGUCUUAGUCUUUCUCCGGAAGAAAGACAGCGCCGGCUUUUAGUCUUCAAUGUGGUCAUGCAGAACCUUCGGGCCAUAGGUGCUCUUUCUCUGGAAGACUACCUAGGACUGGGGUCUGUUGAUGAUAAAGUUAUCGAAGAUGAUCAUGCAGGGCGGUCUACGUCAGCCAUUCAAACGCAUGCUGCGUCUUCUAUUCUGGGUCUCGGUGACACGUCUUUCUCGGAGCCACAAAGUCAACCGGUUGUGGCCACCAUGGUACCCGACAAAGACAUGGCCGAACCCGAGCAUCCGUCGAUAAAAGAAAUUGAGGACCUCUGUCUCAAACAUACAAAUGCAAGAGUCCGUCCGUUUUGGCUCACUGUGAAGGACCCGAAACAAUCAUCUCUGUAUGGUUGUGUCCUCAGGAUCCAACUCUCACCUCGCUCCUGGCGAGUGUAUUCUGUUGACACUACCUAUAGUGAUCCUGCAGGGGCCAAGGUGGCGUGUGCAGAGGCGUAUCGGGACUAUGUCUUGCAAUACCUGAGAACCGAAGGUCCGAAGGCUGAGCCUGAUUUGAAUAACUUGAACAGCGAACCUGUGCCGGCGAUGUUGCGAAAUGAGGCUAUUUGGACUGUGCAGGCUUACUGUGAUACUCUUCCUAAACCGUUACCAGAAAAUGCUGGGAACAAGACGGCGAGUGACAUUAAUGCACCAUCGUGGCUUAACUCGAUGCUGCAAGUCUCUCGGGGGAGUAGGCUUUCAGCCAAUUUCAUUUGGACAGAACCGAACAAGCACGGUCUGCAUGGAUGCCUUUUGCGACUCUCCUCCCCUGCAGAAUGCAGAUCUUAUCUAGUCGAUUCACGGUUUGCGAAACGCGCUGAGGCAAAGGCAUCUGUCUGCCUUCUGGCCAUGUCGGAAGGCGCGGGUAACUUCAUUCGCGAUCUUGCUAAGCAAGUCGAAGAUCGUCUACCACUGUCCGUUAGGAAGGUGGUAAGCAGUCUGUACUUGCCGACUCUAAUAUCUGAAUGCCGCAAACUUCGACCGGAAGUGCAACCUGUCUUCGAAUAUGUGACAGAGGACGACGCUUGUGGCUGUACGCUUACACUCACUUUGGGAUCGGACAGAUCUCGCUCGUAUACGGUGCCUGCUGAAUAUCGUACUCGAAAUGACGCCAAGAUCGCAGUUGUAGCAGUGGCGGUCUCCGAAGGGGUAUUUGAGUUCAUUGGGGUUCAACCUAGUACACUCUUCCCCAAUUAUGCCCAGCCUUCAGCAGUCCCAGGUGUUGGAAACGGUGCUCAGAAACGGAAGUACGAUUCAAUGAACACAAAUGGUCCGUUCACGCCGGGGUCGACAGAUAGACGGUGGAAACGCAGGAAGCAGACCCCGAUUGGAGACUUCGCUCAAGGUACGCCAGUGAAUGGAGGGAACUUCCAGAAACACAACCGAGGAAAAUAUUCAUUCCCUAAGAACGGUCAAAGGCAACCUUGGUCUUCCCCGUUUCCCUCGACAAGUAGCAGUCCUUACAGCAGUCCAUAUUCUCCUGUGCCAUACCAACAACCAGGGGUGAAUGGCGCUGCUUCGGGUUAUCCUACUUCGCCAUAUGGGAUGACGAUGUCGCAACCAACUCCAUACAUGCCUAGUCCAAGUCCAUAUACGACUAUUGCACCUGGAAUUACGUACUAUCCUCAUGGCAUGGCAUCAUCACAAUGUGCACCAGCUUCUACAUCAACUACAGACACUUAUCAUCCUUCUCAACCCGCGUCCGCGAUGCAACCAUACGCAAAUGGGAUGCCUCCCCAUCCCCCUCCGUUGCCUGCUAGUCAUCCUGUCACAACAUACCAGCCAAUACAGCCAAGUGCAAGCCAGAUACCGUAUUCUAGCGCUACCUAUUCACAACCAUUCCAGCCCUACAUACCUACACCAUCACCCGCAUCACCUUACACUCCGACAUAUGGCUCGUCUAUUCCUGCUCCCAGCCAACCUUACUCAGGUGUUCCGUACAGCGGGCUACCUCCGCCUCCGCCUCCGCCACCGACUUAUGCUCAGCCUAUUUCACCAGUCCAGCCUUCGGCACAAACACCAUCUACAGGACAGUCAUCCGGAAGUGCGAAUCCUAUCGAUAGCCCCAUUGAACGCAAGGCUAUGGUUAAACGGCCAGUGCAGAGACCGAAACCAUCGAAACUGUCCGGGGGCGGCAAAGUCACGAUUGCUGUAGAGGCUACUCCGCAAUCAAGUGUCACUGCUCUCUAUGAUUAUUGUCGAGAGGCGGGCCUGGCUGCACCCGAGUUUCGUAAUGAAAUCGUUAUGAAUGUCUCAGGUGAGAACAAACACAAAGUAUGGGUGGUGAUUGGGAAACAGAAGAUGGAACUUCCGACUACUUUCCCGAGCCUGAGUCAGGGUCAGGAAAAGGUGGCAAAGAAGGUGCUUGAGCAGUUACGCUCCGCAUCCUAAGGUCUGUCGAGAUCUCUCAUAUAAUGUGUAUUUUCCAUGAAACGUAUGCGGAACAUAUGCUUUAAUGACGACGUAAUUAGAGUACUGUACAUAUCCCCACAUGAUAAUAAAUGAAGUCAAGGAAAACAGCUAAAUUGUGUCGGGUAACACAUCGAUUUGUGCUCGCAGAGAUUCCAAACCCUUGCUUAACUCACAGCCGG